AUUUGAGGUGCUAGCACACGAUGCAGUGGGAUAAAGAAUUAAGGGUCAGAUUGGGCUCCCGUGGACGUGAAGAUCACAGUGCUGUCAGGAAGCUUUGUGUCUUUGAAUCCUAUGAGAAGCGUAAAAACAUGGGCAAAUGUCUGAUCAUCAGUAAUGAAGAUUUCCCUGGAGCUCCACGUUUGCAAAGAACCGGAUGUAGAGUAGAUGACCAUCUACUGUUGAAAACGUUCCAGUCUUUGGGCUUUGAUGUGCAGUUGGAAAGAAACUUGUCGGCUGAUGAAAUGACUGCUGCACUGACGAAAGCAUCUGAAGAUAACCACACAGACAUGUCUUGUUUUGUGUGUGUUCUGAUGAGCCAUGGAAAGGAAGGAACCAUUCUUGGAUCAGAUCAGCAAUGGAUCCCCAUCAAAACUCUGACCUCUACCCUGACCGCAGACCUCUGCCCAACUUUGCAGGGCAAGCCGAAAAUCUUCUUCCUUCAGUCCUGCAGAGGGGAGAUGUAUGACCCUGGCGUUGAGACAGACAGUGAAGAAGCACUGGACUUUAUCGGAAUCUCGGACGUUCCGGAAUUGGAUUUUCUUUGCUGUUAUUCCACAGUGGAAGGGUAUUACUCAUGGAGAAGUCCGCAGACGGGUUCUGUAUUCAUCUGUGAGCUUUGCAAGAUGUUGAUGGACAGUCAUCUAGAGAUUAUUCAGAUUCUGACAAGAGUAAACCACAUUGUAGCGAAUCACUUUGAGUCUUACACCGGAGAUUCUGCGACUCAUAAAAAGAGACAAAUGCCGUGCUUUGCCUCCAGACUGACCAAGGAUUUCUACCUUCACAUGCCAGCAAAAAAUAAAACAAAAUAACAUUUGAGAAGCAUUUGGGAGCCAUUGGAAGGAAUGUUUCAAUGUGUUUAAGUGCACAAGAAUUGGUUUAUUUUUUAGCAGGGCAUCAAGAAUAGUGCGUUUUAAAAAUUUGCGCACUUUGUUUCGUGCAAUUUUUUGUGCCAGUUUUGCAUCUUAACAAUUCUAACCAAACCGACUUAUUUCCUGUUUUUUUUCCUUUUUUAUCAGUGUCUGUUUUGACUUUUGGGUGAUGUGUAUAUUCUUUAGUCUUUUGAUAAGAAUUCAGU